GCGCUACAUCCCUGCUUCACACUCAAAGACUUGCUCGCCAGCACCAUCAUGUCCGCGACUACCAAUUACCCUCACGGCCAUGGUGCCUCCAUCCUUCGCGCUCAUGGUUCACGCACCAUCGAGGACUCGGCUGCCUAUCUCGCCAGCUCCCUCCGCCCAGACAUGCACAUUCUCGAUGUCGGAUGCGGCCCCGGCACCAUCACCGCCGACUUCGCCUCCCGUGUCCCGCAGGGCCGCGUCGUCGGCGUCGACCAGGCCUCGGGCGUGCUCGACAAGGCCCGCGCGCAUGCGGCCGAGCGUGGCGUGUCCAACGUCGAGUUUGCGCAGGCGGACAUCUACAACCUCGCGUACCCGGACGCGUCGUUCGACGUCGUGCACGCGCACCAGGUGCUGCAGUACCUCGAGGACCCCAUGCGCGCACUCAGGGAGCUCAAGCGCGUCGCGAAGCCAGGGGGAAUCGUCGCCGUGCGAGAGGCAGAUUAUUCGGGCUUCGCUUGGUACCCCACGAUCGAGGGCUUGGACGAGUGGCGGGACUUGUACCACAAGGUUGGGAGGGGCAAUGGCGGGGAGCCGGACGCGGGAAGGAGGGUGCUGUCGUGGGCGCUCGCGGCUGGGUUCCCGCGCGAGAGCAUCACGGCCACUACGAGCACUUGGUGCUACAGCACCGACGACACGCGAAGCUGGUGGAGCGGGAUCUGGCAGGAACGUUUGCUGCAGUCGGAGUUCAGGACGACGGCGAUAUCUAAAGGCCAUGCUACCCAGGAGAAGGUGGAGGAGCUGGCCAAGGCAUGGAAGGAAUGGAGCUCAGCUGAGGAUGGUUGGUUUGUGCUACUUCACGGCGAAAUUCUCUGCAGAGUGUAAGAUCAUAUAAUAUACGGAGUAUGAUACAUAUCCAUUGGAGCCAUGAUAUACACUUAUAGUACAAAACAGAACGUACAAAUUUGUUUCGC